AUGAACAAAAUGAACUGGAAAAAAUCGGCGUCCGUGAUUUUGAGUGAGUUUUUCUUCAUUAUUCUUGUUAAUUUAGGUGGAGAAGGUGAUGGAACCCUUGAUUAUUCUUUAUUUUUGCUGUAGAGGUCUUAGUUCAUCGGAAAACACCGGGUUUUACCAAUUUUUGAGGAUUUUUUAUAUUGCACUAGGUAAAUUGAUGUGAACACAGCGAAAAUCAACGAUUUUUUGGGAAAAACUUAUAUGGAAAGCUGCUAAAGAUCAUGUUAGUGAUAUUUCGGAUGCUUAUCUUCAAUAUCCUCUGCAAAAAAUGCGAUUUUUUGAAUAUUUUAUAUUGUACUAGGUAGAAACUGAUGUUUUUGCUAAAAAAAUAGUUUUUCAUCACAAACCUAAUAUUAGCUUUUAGUAAACAAAUCUUUACGUCAUAUAUUGAUGAUGAAACGUGGCCCCACCGCCAAAUUCAUGCCGAAUUCGAUGGUUUUCCCGGGCGGAAUACUCGAAGAUCCGUAUGAUCUCAAGUUCAACAAAAAGCUCACCAAUUUUGCGGCAAGAACCGAUGCGAACAUCUCCGUGGAGGAGGAUUUGGGGUUCCGGAUAUGUGCGUUGAGGGAAUUGUUUGAGGAAGCCGGGAUUUUGUUGAGGGAAAAUGAGGUGGUCACCAAUAAAGAUGACCCCAAAUUGGAUGAAUGGAGAACAAAGGUGGGUGAAGAUCGAUGUUUUUUGGACGUUUUUAGAGCUCUUCUUGCUAUUCAUAAGAAACAGAAACGGUUUUGACAUUGUUCUUGAUAGUUUUAGUUCAAGAGGAACACUUGACUCAACCCAGAUUUUGAGUCAAGUUUUGCUCCGAAAACCUUGAUUAUUGGAUUGUUUAUGAUGCGUUAACAUUAUUUAUGACCUAGAAUAUUUAUUUCCGAAUAAUUUCUUGUAUUUUUUGGUAUUCAAAAAAAUUUGAGUCAAGUCUUUCCUUUUCAGGUUACAAAAGAUCCACAACUUUUUUCACACCUUUUUACCCCGCAAAAACCCGCAAAUGUGGCUACUCUCCAGCCCUACGCCCGUUGGUUAACCCCGAACGCGUAUAAACGCCGAUUUGACGCCGUAUUUUACACAGUGCAAUUGGAAGAUUUCAAUGAAAAAAUCUAUCAUUGCGAAAAAGAAAUGGCCGAAUCGCUGUGGAUAUCGCCAGAGGAUUGCAUUCAAAAGACUGCUGUUGAAAGUAAGCGAUUUUUGAGCAGUUCACUUGAGAUUCAGAGAUUUCGUGGUAGGACCCAAACAUAUUAAAAUUGGGUGAAAAUUGUCUAUGUAGACUCUUAAAUACUCUGAAAAGGAAAUUUUUAACCUUUAUUGGUUGUUUUCGACAUUUCUACAGCCGAAGAAAGACUUGACCCAAAUUUGAGUCAAGUCUUUCUCUCGCGAUUUUUGAUGGAAUUCGAUCAAAAAUGAUUACGGAAUUGAUUAAAAUACGAUUUCCAGAGUCUCUCAGUGUCCCUCCGCCACAAUUCCGAACCAUGAUCAGCCUACAACAGCAUGAUAUUACACUACCUUUCGACUCCACAACAUAUCCGGAAAGAGUAUGCCCACAGAUUGUGGAAUGCACGGACGACCCCACAAUACGAUGUGGAAUCAUCCCACCUGAUUCGGACUUUAUUACGGACAACUCGGACUUUGUUGGCCUACGAUAUAUGACCAAAAAGGAAAUCGUCGAACCAGCCGGACCAAAAGUUUCGAGAAUUGUCUAUUUGACCGGCCCCAUUAUGUAUACUGGACAACAGGUCUUGCAGAAGGGUCUAGAAUAG